AUGUGUGUGAAAUGGUUUGAUACAGUAAUGUAAUACUAUCAGAAUUUAGUGUAUUGAGUGAAUGUCACAUUUUUACAUUUUGGAAUUUCCUGCGGGUUCUGUCCCCCAUACGUCCCGGAACGGAACCCAGAAGACAGAUGCCGGCAUCGGCCGGAGGACAUUGCCGGGGAUGCUGCAGGGGGAACAUCGCGGGAGCAAAGGACAAGGUAAGUACUGGAGGGAUCCCAGUGCAACGCUGCAGAGUAUUCCCAAGUGUAGCUGGGGUUACCGCUUCUGCUACUGAAAGUUAACCCUGAGCUACACUCAGGAAUACUGCCAGGGGGGUUAAACAACA